AUGCGCGGGUCGCUCGUCUGGCUCGCGGCCCUGCGUGGCCUCAUGGCCUGCCGCAUCAUGGGCUCCAACACAGGCGAGUGCCAAGCACCGAGUGUGUUUCUCCAGUACAUGCCAUUUUGCGGGCCACUCCUUCAGUACACAGCGUGUGUCCCCGAGGCGCAGACGAUCUGGUACAACCACUCGGUCAAGUCCAAGGACCUCUUCCUCUCGCAAAUGUACCGAAAGCUCGUGAUGCAGCGCGAGUAUUUUGAACAAGAUGUGGACCUCAACGACGCGCAGCGCGACGAGUGGGGCAACGCCGGCGAGAUCGUCCCCCGCUUCACGGAGAACCGCGACUGCCAAGAUGCCUUUCGCAACUAUAUGUGCUGGCUCAACUUUCCUCGCUGCGACGACGCAGGCGUGAGUCUCAUCAUGUGCCGCAGCGUCUGCGAGAACUACUUUAAAGCGUGCAUGCAAGCCAAAGACCUCUGGCGAUGCGGCGACCCCGCGUACGUCAACGGCUACGAGCCCGAGAUCAGCACGUACGCCAACAAUGUUGCGGGGGAGCUGCAGUACUACCGGUUUCCAUUUCCCGGAUCGCCGUUCCGAACCAAUGCCUUUACGAGCGAUGGCACGCAAGCGCUGCCUGUGUGCACACCGAGUCUCCUCAACGGAGCGUCAUCCAUGUACGACGUUCUGCAGUGGCUGCACAUGGUCGUGCUGGCAACAUGGCUCGUGGUCUUCUUUCUCUGA